GUGAUUGGCUGGGAACGCGGCGGAGGGGGCGGACGCGGGCGGGUGUUGAGGGGGGAUAGCCUCGGUGUCAGCCAUCUUUCAAUUGUGUUCGCAGCCGCCGCCGCCGCCGCCGUAGCUCUCUAGCGCUAGGGCCGCCUCUCGCUCUCCGAGCCCAAGCCGAAAGAGAAGGGGGGUGUAUAAGGAGAAGUUUUCAAGAACAUGGCUCGUACCAAGCAAACUGCCCGUAAAUCCACCGGUGGUAAAGCCCCCAGGAAGCAGCUCGCUACAAAAGCCGCUCGCAAGAGUGCGCCCUCUACUGGAGGGGUCAAGAAACCUCAUCGCUACAGGCCGGGUACUGUGGCUCUCCGUGAAAUCAGACGUUACCAGAAGUCCACCGAACUUCUGAUUCGUAAACUUCCCUUCCAGCGUCUGGUGCGUGAAAUUGCUCAGGACUUCAAAACAGAUCUGCGCUUCCAGAGUGCAGCAAUUGGUGCUUUGCAGGAGGCAAGUGAAGCCUAUCUGGUUGGCCUGUUUGAGGACACCAACCUAUGUGCUAUCCACGCCAAACGUGUCACAAUCAUGCCAAAAGAUAUCCAGCUAGCACGCCGCAUACGUGGAGAACGUGCUUAAACUCCACUAUGGUGGGAAACAUUCUUCAUUCUCAAAACAGAAAAAAAUCUCUUCUUCCUGUUAUUGGUAGUUCUGAACGUUAGAUAUUUUUUUCCCAUGGGGUCGAAAGGUACCUAAGUAUAUGAUUGCGAAUGGAAAAAUAGGGGACAGAAUCAGGUAUUGGCAAGUUUUUUCCAUUUUCAUUUGUGUGUGAAUUUUGAAUAUAAAUGCGAGGACAUAAAGCAUUAAUGCAGUCAAAAAAAAUGUUUCCGUGAACAAGUUUCAACGAUUCAACUUUAUAACAAUUAUAAAUAAACCUGUUAAAUUUUUCUGGACAAUGCCAGCAUUUGGAUUUUUUUAAAAAGUAAAUUUCUUAUUGACGGCAACUAAAUGGUGUUUGUAGCAUUUUUAUCAUACGGUAGAUUCCAUCCAUUCACUAUACUUUUCUAACUGAGUUGUCCUACAUGCAAGUACAUGUUUUUAAUGUUGUCUGUCUUCUGUGCUGUUCCUGUAAGUUUGCUAUUAAAAUACAUUAAACUACA